AUGGGACAAGGAUCAUGUUCUGAAGUAGAUUGCUCCGAGUUGUUGAAUCACUUCGAGCAUGUUCUUGAAUCUGACCCUCUAAUUGAUGAAGUUGGGUUUAUUCACCCCUCGCUGUUCACUGAGCUGGAUAAAGAAGCAGGAGUCUCUAGUGCCUAUCAAAAUGAAGUCCAGCCCAGUACCGAAACCUCGACAAGUUUCUGGAGUCAAGAUCAUAAACUGGGAAUAUCAACAGAUAUACUCAUUCAAUUAUGUAAAGAUGCAAAACAUGCGUUUCUGGCUGCGUUGAAGGAGUACAAAUGCCAUGAAGACGCACGUAGCGAGUCGUCCCCAUCCACAAAUAUCUCAUCUGGGGUCUCUUGUUCUCUUCGUGCUAUUGAGAACAAAGUCAUGAAACAUAGCCAAGCUCUUUUGCUGUUAAGCUCAGACUUUGGAACUGCAUGGAAUGCCAGGAAGCUGAUCUUGUCGAAACAAAAUCAACCCUGGGUGCUCACGGAAGAACUUCGUCUUUCUAGGCUCGUUCUUUCAAAUUCUCCAAAGAGUGAACCAACAUGGAGUCAUAGAAGGUGGAUAAUUAAGAUGAUUUCUCGGAAUAAUUCCGCACCAGAAGAGAUUAUCACCAAAGAGUCUGAGCUAGUGGAAUCAAUAGGCGAGAGAUCAAAGAUGAACUAUCGUGCAUGGUAUCACCGUUGCUGGUUGGUUUCGUACAUGCCAGUCAAGCAGGUGCUACAAGAGUUGAACAAAUCUAAGAGGUGGGCAGGGCUGCAUGUAGCCGAUAGUUCUUGCUUCCAUUACCGCAGACGGCUGAUGCUCAGGCUUCUGGAGCCACUUAAUGUGAAAGGAAGUAAUGCUUAUGACAAAACUGAGGCACAAAAGAUGUGGAUGGAAGAGCUUGAUUGGAACAAGGAGUUGGUAGAACGUUACUUGGGACGUGAGGCGCUAUGGCUUCACCGGAGGUUCCUCUCUCUUAAUUGGAUAAUGUAUUUCGCUCGCAAUCAUUCAUCUGAAACCGGACAGAGUAUCAUAAUAAAUGAAGAAAUUGUCAGCUUCAUUGAUAAAGAUAUCCAACUUUUGGAAUCUUCUAUGACUGUUCCGGAUACCAAGUUUGAAGAUUUUCAAGCUCAAGCACUGCAUGCUGCUGUCUACAUGUUAUGGCUCACAAGGCAUAUUCCAGGAUUGUGGAUAAGGCUUGAGGAGAAGCUUGGAGCAGAGAAACUGAAGUGUCUACUGAACAUAGUUGCUAAAGAGAGACCAAACCUUGCUUUUUGCUCCAAAUGA